UUCGCAAUAAUUACAGAGCUUUUUGUUCGUCCACUUUCUUAAAUACUCUCUCAGGUGCUUCACAUAAGACUCCCCUUUCUUUCUUCUCUCUAAAUCACUCAAAGUUUGAAGUGAAUUCUAGCUUCAAGACUCUUUCCAAGUGAGGGAUUAUCGUAGCUGGGUCGGAUUAAUGGUAGAUCUUACAAAAAGAGGAUCGAAUUCCAUUGUAUCGGUUUCAUGUGUGAAUAGUUAUUUAGCUCCUCCUGUUUUUAUUUCUUUCUAUAAAAGGUGAAUGAUGAUCUGGUGGGGGAUAUAGUCGAAUACGUGGAAAGGUACACUCAUGAGUCACCGAACUGAAUUAAAAUAUUCCUCGAUGCUUUUUUAAUUGCUUUUCCUAAGAAAGCAGAAAUUUAAUCUCUCUCUACUUGCUUGUUUCAGCGAGUGUAAGUUCGGAUGAUUCUUUCGAGGGGUAGGAUUUUCUAAGCAGGUUCUCAGUUUUCAACUCUGAUCUAAUUGAUAAAUCAAAUUUGUAGAAUGUCCUCUUCAGUUUCCUUGCUGUUAUAUGGUUAGAGUUUCACUUUUUGAUUUAGUUAAAUUUCAUAGAAACAAAGACUAAGAAGAAUGGUUUUUUCAUCCUUUCUGUAGGUGUCUUGUCUAAUGUCUUGUGUAUAGCGCAUAUGAUCUUUUGUCUGUCCUAAAAUCUUUGGUGCUUACAUUCUUAUAUGUUGAACUGAGAAAUUUUAUGGCAGCUUGAAUAUUGCUUUGAGCUUGUUUGAGCUUUGGAGUAUGCUGUCUGUCUUUUAUUUAUUGACCUCCGCCAGAUUUUAGCUUAGCAAUAAACCAUUAUCAGAAUGAUUUAUUUGAGUCAAUUUGUUCUGUGAUGUUAUUUUCUUCAGUUUUUGAUGAUUAAGACAUGUAGCCAUGAUAGUUUUUGUGGAUGAUUUUACCAGCCGAUGUUUAUCUGUGCUACAACCAUGCUGAUUUUGGUUCAUAUGUGCAGUAGCUUAAGAUAAAGGUUUAGAACGGCAGCUCUUGGAGCAAGGAUUUUGAACACUCUUAGCUUCUGUAGAGAUAAAAUCAGUCGCUUCACUAGACAAUUUGUAAAAUGCAAGCUUCUCAGCUUCAUCGAGGUUCACAUAUGUCAAAGAGAUUAUGUUAUCAGCCACUUCAAGAAGUGGAUGCCUACUGCUUCUCCCAAUUUCAAUCUUUUGGUCGCCAAUUAUAUUCCAAUGCUGGCAACCAAAGAGCUCAAUUCAAUGUUCAAGACAUUGGUGAUCGGUACUGUACUUUGGAGUCGUCCUCAGGAAGCCACAGCUAUGCAGCUCACAACUCAACAUCGACAGUUACUUUCUCACCCAACGGGAGUCCGGUAUCGCAACAGGAUUCUCGUUCAAAUCCUUCUGAUCAGCAUAAUUCCCCUGACAAUACAUAUGGUUCCUCAGUAAGUGGAUCCAGCAUAACGGAUGAUAUUAAUGAUUUUAGGCACAAACUACUGGAAUUGGAAACUGCGAUGCUUGGCCCUGAUUCUGAUGUUAUCGAUAGUUUUGAUAGUAUCUACCAGGAGGGAACGGACAAUCUAGAGAUGGGAACUUGGGGACAAGUGAUGGAUGCUAUUACUAAAGGAAACUUGAAAAAGAUCCUAAUAGCUUGUGCUAAAGCUGUAUCAGAUAAUGAUGCGUUGAUGGCACAAUGGCUAAUGGAUGAGUUGCGCAAGAUGGUGUCGGUUUGUGGUGAACCGAUGCAGAGGUUGGGAGCAUAUAUGCUGGAGGGGCUGGUUGCACGGUUAGCCUCCUCGGGCAGUUGCAUCUAUAAAUCUUUGAGAUGCAAGGAACCAGCAAGAUCGGAGCUCCUCUCAUAUAUGCACCUUCUUUACGAGGUUUGCCCGUACUUCAAAUUUGGAUACAUGUCAGCAAAUGGUGCCAUUGCAGAAGCCAUGAAAGAUGAAGAUCGAGUUCACAUCAUUGAUUUCCAAAUUUCUCAGGGUACUCAGUGGAUCACUUUGAUUCAAGCUUUUGCAGGCAGGCCUGGUGGGCCACCUCACAUUCGUAUCACCGGUAUAGAUGAUCCUGCAUCAGCUUAUGCUCGUGGAGGUGGGCUAGAUAUUGUUGGGAAGAGACUUUCCAAGUUAGCAAAGUUAUUUAACGUGCCAUUUGAGUUUCACUCUGCUGCCAUUUCUGGCUGCGAUGUUCAACAAAAUAAUUUGGGCAUUCGACGAGGGGAGUCUUUAGCAGUGAAUUUUGCAUUCAUGCUACACCAUAUGCCAGAUGAGAGCGUAAGCACCGAAAAUCAUCGAGAUAGGCUAUUGAGGCUGGUUAAGGGUCUGUCUCCAAAGGUUGUGACACUUGUUGAACAAGAAUCCAACACAAACACAGCUGCAUUCUUUCCCCGGUUCAUCGAAACACUUGAUUACUAUAAUGCCAUGUUUGAAUCAAUUGACGUUACCCUUCCAAGACAGCACAAGGAGCGAAUUAACAUCGAGCAGCAUUGUCUAGCCAGGGAAGUUGUCAACAUACUAGCAUGUGAAGGAGCCGAGAGAGUAGAACGACAUGAAUUACUCGGAAAAUGGAGACUCCGAUUCGCAAUGGCAGGAUUUACACCUUACCCAUUGAGCUCUUUGGUGAAUGCUACCAUCAAAACGUUAUUAGAUAACUAUUCUAACAGGUAUAGGCUUGAAGAAAGAGAAGGGGGUUUGUAUCUAGGCUGGAUGGAUAGGGAUUUGGUUGCUUCCUGUGCAUGGAAGUAAAAAAUGUGUAACCGUAGUAUACAGGUAUUAGCUAUUGAAAUCCAAGGGGGAAACGUGGUUCUUUUCUGCUUCAUCACAAUUCUCUUUAACAGAAAUGUAUUGCCAAGACAAGAACUUUCCUUGCUUGGCUGAGCUAUAGUUGAAUUCUGGUGCAAACUGCAAGGCCUUGAAAAUGGACUCUGUUUUAGUUUGAUGUUUGGUUAUAAAAUGCAAGCUGAAGAACCAUGGUUAACUUAAA